GUGACAACACGGCCGGAAUCUAUCUCACUCACCAUGUCUGCCGCCAAGCCAAAAACCGCAAAGAAGGCCCGUGCUGCCCCAGCACACCCACCUACCUCUCAGAUGGUAGUUGCUGCUAUCACAGCCCUGAAGGAGCGUGGUGGUUCCUCAAACCAGGCCAUCAAGAAGUACAUCGCUGCCAACUACAAGGUUGACAUCAACAAGCAGGCUACUUUCAUCAAGCGUGCCCUGAAGGCUGGUGUUGCCAAUGGUACCCUCGUCCAAGUCAAAGGAAAGGGAGCCAGUGGAUCUUUCAAGCUCGGCAAGGUCAAGGCUGGCAAGACCGAGGCCCAGAAGGCCCGUGCUGCCGCCAAGAAGGCCAAGCUUGCUGCCAAGAAGAAGGAACAGAAGGAGAAGAAGGCUGCUAAGACCAAGGCCAGGAAGGAGAAACUAGCCGCCAAGAAGGCUGCAAAGAAGGCCGCCAAAAAGGUUAAGAAGCCCGCCGCCAAGGCCAAGAAGCCAGCUAAGAAGGCAGCCAAGAAGCCCGCCGCCAAGAAGGCAGCCAAGAAGCCCGCCGCUAAGAAGCCAGCUAAGAAGGCCGCCAAGAAGCCUGCUGCUAAGAAGGCCGCCAAGCCAGCAAAGAAGGCAGCCAAGAAGCCCGCCGCCAAGAAGGCAGCCAAGAAGUAAAUUCUUAGCGCCACUUGGUGUAUUGAGCUUUUUCAGCUCCACCCCAACGGCUCUUAUCAGAGCCACCCAAACUUCAAGAAAGAAUUCAAAUUGUUUAUCCUCUUUUUUUUCUUUAGUCUUAAUGUCAUUUUUUAGUGCCUUUUCUAAUCUAUGUAAUGUGUAAACUUAGGGUUGGGUUAAUUCUUAAGAGCCUCUCUAUAAAAGCGUGAUAGCUGUUAACAUUCAUUGCCAUAAUGGAUAUUCAUAUUUCAAAUAAAAAAAAGGAACAUAAUGGAUUGGUUUGGUCAGGAUUAUUAUUCGAAAACUAAAUAUAGUAGAAGCGCCAUUCCGAGGUAUCUUUUUACCGGGAAAUCUCAAUCUAUAAACGGAGAAGACAUUCCCUCAUUGCACCGAUAUUAUGGCGAUAUCCUAUGCAUUGGGGGUAGCUAAAUUGAAUGGCCCGCCAAAUACGAAUCGAUAAACAGAGAUGUAAACAAUAAGAAGCAGUUCGGGUCCUUUUGUGAAACGGAAGGGGGGGGGGGGAACAAACUAAAAACCGUGAGCACUGGAGGGGAACAACGUACGCAGGCUCGGCGGGUAAACAGAAGGGUCAUUAUUGAUUGGUAUGAAAAUAAUGAAACAGCGGGAAAGCAUUAAUUUCUGAUAGAUGAAUGAAUGUAUAUGCUCCACUCACGCUCAUACAAUUUUUUAAGGAAGUCCAGAUUUCCUUUAAUAUUGAUUGAAAAAAUGCAUAAAUCCUACAAAUUAGUAAUCGUUUGUACAUGAUGGGGGGGGGGGGCGAUGGGGGUGUCACAAACAAGCCUGGGAUUUGUCCCUACAGUGGAUCGCCCCGGUCCAUCCCAAGACAUGCCCACCCCCAAAAAAAUCACCUCUAGGGAAUAUGUCGUAUAAUGCAGCUUCUCAUGUUUUCGAGUGCUCUGAAAUUAUUUUUUUUCUAAUAUACUAUUCGACAAUUUUCUGGAUCACCCUCCAAUAAGAAUAAAUAAAAAGGCAAUAACAUCCCACCACCAAAAAAAAAAUAAUGAUAAUAAUUAUAUCUCCGGGCCCUGGGAACGAUACGGGCAGAAAACUGAAAACAAACAGAACAAAUUUCUGCUUAAUCUUGUUUGCAAUGCCCAUGCAUAUUGGGCAUGUUGGAACCUGAAUACGAUUUAUCCCAAAUGACGAUGAUGAUAACAACAACAAUAAUAAAAACAAUAAUAUCAUAAAAGUGUUGACAGUGAUAACAAUAAUUACAAAGUUUGAUUCAAGAUGAAAUUGUUGUGGCAGUUUAUUAACAAAAUACUAGUAUAUCAAACGUUGAUCUAUUACCCAUUUCCACAUCCAGGUACAGAUUUUUCUUCCAUUAAAACAAAACACUUAUGGAUAUAUAAAUAGAUUUAGUCUUGACAAUCAAGACUAAAUAUAUUGAUUGAGGAACAGGGCUCAGUAACUAUGCGUUUCCUUUCCCGAAUG